AGAACGCCCGGGGAGACUAUGAGAAAGCGCAGCUGCUCCAUUCACCCACAUGGUUCCUCAACCGCACACACAAGCCACUCCAGGGACUUGCACUGGUGCCGUCCACAGCGACCUGUUCCGGGUCCAGCGGGCCGAGUUUUCAGCCGCACGGGCAGUUGAAAAGUUGACUCUUGGAUCCUUGUAUUUAUUGAUUUUCUUUCUUUUUUUGGGGGGGGGGAGUGAAUUGAGCCCGAAAGGUUACGAGCCGAGAGAGAACAGAGACUUGGGAACUUUUGUUGUUGUUGUUGUUGCGAGGCACAAGUUUUAUCAGGCUGUGCGGUAAGAACCAGUGAGGAGCAUUGUUGAUUAUUGUCGGUUUUAGUUUUCGCUUUUUGUUUUUUUUUACGCACUUUUUACACGCAGUUGAGCGGAAGGAUGGUGCAGCAUCAGCAGCACAUGAGCGCUCACGCUCCUUCCCCAGCCGGGGACUCCACAGACACCGGAGAGAUGGACUUGGAGAUGGAUGCGCCUCCCACCCCGGCGGAGCGGAGCGACCUGGCCUGGUGCAAAACCCCGACGGGCCACAUCAAGAGACCCAUGAACGCCUUCAUGGUGUGGUCCCAAAUCGAAAGGAGAAAGAUCAUGGAGCAGUCUCCGGACAUGCACAACGCGGAGAUCUCCAAGCGGCUGGGCAAGCGGUGGAAGCUGCUCAAAGACGCCGACAAGAUUCCCUUCAUCCGGGAGGCGGAGCGGCUGCGGCUCAAACACAUGGCCGACUACCCAGACUACAAGUACCGGCCCAGAAAGAAGGUCAAGUCCGGCAGCGGGGCGAGUAAGCAGCAGGCGGAUCGCGCGGAGAAGAGCUCGGAGCGCGGCAGCAAAGCCAAAAGAAGCCCCGCGGCCAAAGCGGCCAGCAGGACGCACAAGCAGGCCGGCGGCGACCACCAGAGCGUCUUCAAACCCAGGUCAGUGUCUGGGGCCAGGCAGAUCCCCGACGAGCGCACCGCAGAGGCCAAGCGCGGCUUCCCCUCGGCGGGGGCGUGGAGCUCGGAGAGCGGACCUCCCUCCGUGGGGGUCCCGGCCAGUCCCACUCUGAGCAGCUCGGCCGAGUCUGCCGACCCGCUGAGCCUGUACGAGGAGCACAGCCCCGGGGGCGGCGGGUCGUCCCCUACCGCGCGCCUCAGGUACUCCCGCGCGGCCUCGCCCACGCCGUCAGCAUCCCACUCCUCCUCAGUCUCCUCCUCAUCCUCGGACGAGGAGUUUGAAGACGAGCGCCUCGACUUGAACCCGAGCCCCGGCUACGAGGGCAUGUCCCUGGGCGGCAUGGGCUUCUCUGACGCCGAGCUGGACCGGGACUUGGACUGGAGCUUCGGGGAGUGCGGCGCCGGCUCCCACUUCGACUUCCCGGACUAUUGCACGCGGGAGGUGAGCGAGAUGAUCUCAGGAGACUGGCUGGAGUCCACCAUCUCCAACCUGGUGUUCACCUACUGAAACUACAGCCGAGGCGCAGUGGCUGAAGUACCGAGACGAAGCCUCCCGAGUUUUGAACUGCUCAAACCCCCACACCACUCCGCCAACAACGCCCCCCCCCUCCCCCUCUACCCCCCCGAGCCAUUUUCACGGAAUAGAGUGGAAAGAGGAGACAGUGCGUGUGCGCGCGCCACUCACAGACUUGGUGCGUCUGGCGGGAGCGCGCGGGUCGGGGGUGGGGGGGGGGGCGGAUGAAAAAUGCUUAGUUUGCAUUUGGACACGGAGCAGGAGUGAAUGUAAGCAGAAAGAAGUGAAAAGUGACUUCUAAACUAAUCCUCAAGAGGAUGAGAAGUGACAAGAAACUGAACAUUUGUGUUACUUUGGAUGGGGGAAAAGAGACACUUCAGGUGUUUUUAUUUUUUGUUUUGCCCCCCGCCCAAAAAAAAAAAAAAGUAGUUCCAGUAUCAACACGCAUGCUCUCCUAAAUGAGGAGAAUUUAGCUGUUGUUAAAUGUUCAUUGCUGCGUAAUGACGCAACGUGCGAGACCUUCGAUUGGACACAAUUCACGAUCACCAGCUUCUCUUUCAACGGCAGGACUUUAAAAAAAAAAAAAAAAAAAAAAAAAACUGAAUCCAGACUUCGGAAAACCUUUCUCAGCUUUCUUAAAACACUCAGUGCACAAUUCAGGACCAACGCCCCCUUCCCUUCCUUUCCCCAUCCCAGUCUGCAUCCUUUCUGCCUAGUGCUUCAACUUUCUAGUUCCUCGGUGUCAAGAAUGACUUUUUUCUAUUGAUGUAUUUAUACCGGCCAAAAUUUUUUUACACAUAGAAGUAUUGUUCUCGUACAGGUCUUGUUUUUGUGUGUGCGUGCGUGCGCGUGUGUGUACAUACACCUGUCUGUAUCCAGCGCGGAAGGGCUAGAAGUGUCUCUUAUUUAAAGUGUCUGACCGCUCUCACUUUUCGAGUGCGUCAUGAUUUUUUUACUUGUAUUUUUGUACAAAAUCUAUAGAAAGUGGAGGGGGAGUGGCGGUUUGAGGAGGGGGGCGGGGGACGGGGGUGGCGAGCGGGUAGCCCCCGACAUUGUCGUUUGGAUCUUGAUUUAGUGUUAAGACGUGCAGAGAAAGGGGGGUGGGCGGGCUCGGUUGGCACAAUCUGACCUCACACCGUGUUUACAGUAUUUACCCACAUGCUUCUUAAUGGCACAGUGACUCCAGUUUCACCAGCCAAGUAAACAAAGCGCCACGGACAGGCUCCCGUGCAGCCCGAGUGGUGACUCGUCUUACUCCAGUACACAUCGCAGACUUCUAAGGACUGAAAGAUCCCAGAGUGUCACUGUUUAGAUAGAGCUAAUACCUCCGUGUGCUUUUCUUCUUGUUCUUCUUCUUGCUCUUCUGCUCUUACUUUUGAAGAUAAGUUUUAUUUGAACCACUGGAUGGACUUUCACGCUCAUUCCACUUUGCCUAGACUUUGGAGGAAAAGAAGGUGUAUGAAGUGCUUCAUCUGUUCUCGCGCAAACCGCAUCCAAAAUAGUAUUUAACCUUUCUGUACCUGUUGGCUAAGUAUAGCAAAAGGCUAAUUGUUUUUCCUAUAUUAUGGCAUGGCAAAUAGCAUUUGUAUUUCAGAUUCAGGUAUAUGUAGCUAUAGCUGUUGUGUUUAAGAUUUUUAAAAGAAUAAUAACAUGAAGAUAUUUAUGUAAACUGACUGUACUAUAAGCAAAGAUUGUGUGUUUUAUGUAUGAUGAUCAACAACAGGCACUAGGACAGCCAUCUUUGGACACGUUGAAGAUGAUUUUGGUCCGGGAGUUUCUCUUUUUUCCAAGACAUUUUUCUUUUUUUUUUUUUUCAAGUUUUGUUUUGGUUUUUUUGGUUUUUCAUUUGUGCAAUAUGCUGUCUAUGACCAUGUUUUGUCCAAUCAUGCCAAUAUUGUUUUGUUGUUUAUUAUAAGAAAAAAAAAAAGCCAAUUUUUUGGGUCAAUCACUGCCUCUCAGACCUCUGUACAGAUUGUUGUUUUUAAUUUGUAUUUCUUUUCCUCCGUGAAGGAAAUAAAAUCAGC